UGCCAUGUGGGUGUAGGUAAGGUGCCCGCCCUUUUACAGUAGUAUAAUUUAGUUGUUCACGUAGUGUCACGUAGAUCUGUUCCCUCUGAGCCCACAACAAUUUGAGUGCAAAACAAACUAAUAUCCAUAUUUCAGCCAUUGCAUCUGCGCUGUGCAGCAACUAAGUGGUGCAUCUGCUACUCUUACUGCGUUCCUCAAAACUUUGAAUUCCUUUUCAGGGCAAAUUUUGUAUAGUAGACUUCUCCAGAGAGGAUGGAAAAUUUGAAACAUCUGUAGUGCCCCAAUCAUGGGUAAAUGAGACAAGCACACAUUGCGCAUGGCCACUGAAGUACAACAAGUCACUCCUAAAAAAGGGUCCAGACCCGAGAUGGCCCAGGCAUCCAAUAGUUUUGAGAGGAGUGUACGAUAAUCACGACGAUGCGCGAGUGAUGCUUCGCCAAGCAGUAGCCAACAGCAACCUGGAAGAAGAAGAAGAAGAAGAGGGUGGUAGUUCUAAACGGCGUCGUCGCCAUGUUAAUAGGCCAUCCAGGUACCUCAGCACUUCUGAGGAUGGUGGGACUUGUAAACAAUCAUCGUUGAAGCAAAAGAAGACAAAAAGUGCCCAGUCUUCUACUGUCCCUACAGCUCCUGUUGUUACUGCUGUUUCUGCAACAGUGGUAAAGCCAACUUCUGCCCUCACUCCGAAACCGUUAGAAUCCUCAUCCUCUGCUGUGGCAAAAGGUACUCCGAUCCCUGACAUGACCCCUAUUAAAUCAAUUAAGGGUAUCAAGACAAAUCGGAACACCCUUUUCUCUUCUUUGAAUAAAGUAUUGACGACAUCUUGUGACGCCAGAGAUACCGUGUCGGAGAGACACAGUUCAGAUUGUGACCCAAUGCCGAACCUCAAUGGCGAUGGACCCUCGAGUGUCAGAUCUGAGCAAAGUUAUGAUGAAGGAGUUUUAAUGGAACCCCUUGGAUCCCCUGACUCUGCACCAUUAGUGCUCUCACUUGGAUCAGAUGGUACUCUUGUUGUGGAUACUAAUCCCCUCCCUGUAGGCUCCACAGAAGUUAAUGUGGGUCAUGGAGGUGGUGAUGACAGCUCUGGCGAUAUCCAGGAUACAAACAAUCAUGGCGCUGGACAAAAGUCCGUGCCUCCUGCUACAAGGCACGAAGAGCAGCCACAGUCAAGUAAUUCUACUCUCCCAGCAGGGGCAACAGCACAACCGUGCAACUGUAUGUACAAGGUGCUGGUGAAGCUGAACCACAUUAGUCUCACGCAGAGAAAUCACACUCGAAUGCUGGAAAGGCUGAUGGCUCACAAUGGACUGGUUGCUGAACAGGCUACUCCUGCGCCCCCCGGAUGGCCCAAGAAAUUGCCAAUAAAAGAUGUUCAACUUUUCCUUGAAUUCGACCGACUUUUAACUAAUGCGGACAACUAUGCCUAUGCCAUGAAUUAUUUAGAAAAAAAUGCGUCGUGCCGAGACCCAAAGGAGAACACUCGUGAAGCGCUCAAGGCAUUCAUUUCCAAUUCGCUGAAGAACCACCUCAACUGGAAAGGCACUACUCUAAAGUUUGGCAUUGGAAAAAAGAAAAUUGGUGAACUUGUGAUCGAAGCUGUUAGGAAAACUCACAAGGACUUUGCCAAAAAAAAGAUUAUAACUGAAGCAAGUAGAUGGCUGAGGAAUAAUAUACCGAAGGAACAGGAAACCAGUGAAGAUGACUCCAGUGAAGCAGAAGGGAGUAACUCCGAAGAAGAAGGCGAAGAAAUGGAAAUGGACUAGGAACCGGAAGACUGCAACGACUGGCAUAGUUUGUUUUGUAACUUUUUUCACACUGGAAAAUAAAAUGUUCAACAGGCGUGCACAUGCAAGUGCUCAACACAAUGUUGCACACUUUGAAGUGUUUCACUGAAUGUUUGAAUACCAUAAAGUGUUGAAGAGUAAAGUUGAACACUUUAAAGAGUCCAAAAGGUCAUGGCCAUCUCUGGAGUUGAACUUUACUGUUAAACACUUAAUAGUGUUCAAAUAUCCAGCCCAACACUUGAAAGUGUGCAACAUAGUGUUGAGUACUUGCAUGGGCACGCGAGCUGAAUACUUUAUUUAUCAGUACAGCGACACUUUUCUUUUUUUUUCUGUGUAUUCCAAAAGUUGGUAGAAAAUAAUAAUUUUUCACCAAAUCAUGUAUGCUUAUGCAUUUCUUUCUCUCUCUCUCACACACACAUAGGUAUAUAUUUUCCGGAGCAGUAAAGAAUGGGCCGCGAGUGCACCUUCAAUGCACUCUGCAGGCGUGACUUCAAUGCGUCGCAGGAGCACCUUGAAUGCGCCUUGCGAAUGCACGUGAAGUCCGCCUUGCAGGUACGCCUACAAUGCGCCUCACAUACUCUUGGACAAAAGCCUUUAAUGCGGCUUACAAAUGCGUCUUGAAUGCGCCUUAGAAAUGCGCCUUA